AUGAAGGUCUUUCAAAAAUUUGCUGUUUCGUUCAUCGUUUUCGUGCUAGCGCUGAGCGACUGCUCAAAGGAAGCUGUCUUUCGAAUAAAUAAGCAAAAAUACUUGGCGAAUCAUACCAUCGAAAUAAAUCAAACAGAGUUCGAGUUUGAAUGCGGUUUGCUUUGCGCUCGUCAUGAAUCAUGUGCGUCAAUCAACUACAAAACCUCUGGUGAAGAUAAAGGUCGUUGUGAACUUAACAAUAAGACAAAUGAAGACGAUGAUGAUGAAAAAACAGAUCAUGAAUACAACCAUCUUGUCAUGAUUAAAUCAAAGCCACUAGAUCCUACCACGUCAAGCUCUCCGACACAAGAGGAAUCAUUCAGAAAUACGUCUUUAGCAUGUUCUAAUGCGGACUGGAGGCAAAGUUUUGACAGUAAGAGCUGGUCAAAAUGUGGCGCACAAAAUCUCUUUAUCACAGGAUUUUAUCGAAGUCCGUCCAACGAUAACCAGCAUCCCAUCAGUUUACUUGAAGAAGCAAGAUGUUGCAACUCGUCUCCUGCGUACAGCGGUCAGAUUGGCCAGUGUGAAAAAGUUAACUUCACCAGUUCUUUUAAACAAAAUGACACAUGGAAUCGUUGUCCAAAGGGAUACUUUCUGAACGGGUUAAAACGCAGCAAUGAUACAAGAUUACAUGCCAUCACAGGAGCUCAUUGCUGCAAACCAAACACUCAUCCUGACAAGUAUGGAUUCUGUUAUGAUGAAGAUGUUGGAACAUCGUUUGAUCAAGAAGGAUGGUCAAACUGUUCCAAGGCUGGUUAUUACAUCACUGGUCUUUAUCGUGGAUCUGGUAAAUGGCUGAACAGCAUCGAUCAAUUUCGAUGCUGUCAAAACGCUUAGAAAUAUCGAUAGAUUGCUUUGCUCUCUCAUGUCAAUUGAUAACUUUUUAAAUGUUAUUAUAAUAUAAGUGUGGUAUAACGAGCAAUUUCGGAGAAUUUUAUUUUUGACCUACUUGAUUGCUGUAUAUAUUAUAAAAGAAUUAAAAAAAAGCUCGUCUCCUGCUUUUAUGCUGUAAUAAUAAUAUACUUAGGGGAAUGUUGGAAGAACACCCAAGAAGCUUGUAAAACAAUCGGCUACGCCUAGGCAUUAUAUACGAAGUAGAAUACUUUUUCAUCCUUAAAACUAAAAAUUUUUUUUGUGGUUCAAGUUCAAUCAGUUUAUUUAGGAAUUUAGAUUCAAACUAUAAAAUAAAUAAUGGCAUUCUUUUCUGAAGAUGUAGAACAGAAAGUUUUAGCAAAAAAGAUAUUAAGCAGCUGAUUCGAUGUUAGACAAAUUUAAUUAAUGUUGUGAAAUGUACGACUUCAAGAAUCUGUAAUCUGUUGUGACGCUUAAUUGUGCUAUAGUGAAUAAUAUGGUACACUCAAAGGACAAAUUUAUUUACAUUUACAAUCUAUUUACGUCUGCGUAUAACAUAAUAAUAUUCAGGUGGGGAAGGUUUGUGUAGUCUGUUUAUAUUUCUUACAUCUCGAAUUCCGUAUAUUCGAAAGUUUCUGCAGAGUUUUGACGGAUUGAAGGAAAUGUAUUUUGUAGCUACUUCAUGUAUAGUCAUGGUGUUGGUUUUAAUUCUUUAUACCUAUUGUAUGGACGUU